AUGUUUACUAAGAUCAUAACAGUGUGGUUAUUUAUAUGUUCUUCAGGUCUGCAACAAAAUAAAGAACCGACUUAUUUGAUAAGACCAUUUACGAAAAUCAUGAUUCAAAAUGAUAAUGAAUAUCUUCUGGGAGUCCAUUGCAAAUCAAAAGACGACGAUAUAGGUAUUCGUAGUCUUAAAAAGGGUGAAAUAUAUCGUUGGAAAUUUCAUAUCAAUUUUCCCAAUAGUACAUUCUUUUUCUGUGGAUUCAGCCGUGGACAAAUAAACAAAGGGGUUUUCGACAUUUACGUCGUUGAUAGAGAUUACAACAGAUGUACGAAGUGUAUGUGGAGAGCAGGAAAAGAUGGUCUAUAUGGAAGUGGCGAGUUCUCGAAAACUAGCUUAUGUGUUUUAGCUUAUGUGUUUUUUAAAUGGAUAAAGUAG